AUGUCUGUAACUGUAAGAACAGAUGUUGGGUCAGUCAAGAUUGAAUUGUUCUGUGAGCAAGUUCCAAAAGCCUGUGAGAAUUUCUUGGCUUUAUGUGCUUCUGAUUAUUAUAAUGGUUGCUUGUUCCACCGUAACAUAAAGGAUUUUAUGGUUCAGACUGGUGACCCAACUGGCACAGGCAAAGGCGGAAAUAGCAUAUGGGGCCAUAGAUUUGAAGAUGAGUUUCGUGAAGGUUUAAAACAUAACAACAGGGGAAUUGUAUCAAUGGCUAACAAUGGUCCAGACACAAAUGGAUCCCAAUGGUUCAUUACCUACAACAAACAACCUCAUUUGAACAUGAAAUACACAAUAAUUGGAAGAGUGAUUGACGGCUUUGAAACUCUUGAUGACUUGGAGAAAUUGCCUGUGAAUGAAAAAAAUUACCGCCCGCUGAAUGACGUCAAGAUCAUUGAUGUUACAAUUCAUGCUAAUCCACUUGCAAACUAG